UGAGGGGAGGUUAUUCACAUGACCAGUCGCGUAGAGCGGCGGCGCUUGCGGCUCUGUGCGGUGCGUUCGCGGCCUAGUUGCCUUUGCCGGGCUCAGAGGCGUCGAGAAGGACGGGCCCUGCUUCCCCCAGCCAACGAUUGCGGUUACUACUAAAAAUGUCUUUUCCACCUCACUUGAAUCGCCCUCCUAUGGGUAUCCCGACACUACCACCUGGAAUCCCACCACCACAGUUUCCAGGUUUUCCUCCACCUGUACCUCCUGGGACUCCAAUGAUUCCGGUGCCAAUGGGUAUUAUGGCUCCUGCACCAACUGUAUUGGUUCCAACCACAGUAUCGAUGGUUGGAAAGCACAUGGGAGUUAGGAAGGAACAUCCAGGUCUAAAGAAUAAGGAAAAUGAUGAGAAUAGUGGUCCCACAACCACUGUCUUUGUAGGGAACAUAUCAGAGAAGGCUUCAGACAUGCUGAUAAGACAGCUUCUUGCGAAAUGUGGUUUGGUUUUGAGUUGGAAGAGAGUUCAAGGAGCAUCUGGAAAACUACAAGCCUUUGGAUUUUGCGAGUAUAAAGAACCAGAAUCUACACUACGGGCACUCAGAUUACUACAUGAUCUUCAAAUUGGAGAGAAGAAGCUCCUAGUGAAAGUUGAUGCCAAGACAAAGGCUCAACUGGAUGAGUGGAAGGCAAAGAAAAGGGCUUCCAAUGGGAAUUCACGGCCAGAACCUACAGCUGAAGAUGAGGAAGCUCUUGAUGAGGAAGCAAAGAGAAGAGACCAGCUAAUUAAAGGGGCUAUUGAAGUGUUAAUACGAGAAUAUUCCAGCGAGCUCAAUGCCCCCUCCCAAGAAUCUGACUCUCAUCCCAGGAAGAAGAAAAAGGAAAAGAAGGAGGACAUUUUCCGCAGAUUUCCAGUGGCCCCACUGAUACCUUAUCCAGUCAUCACCAAGGAGGAUAUAAAUGCUAUAGAAAUGGAAGAAGACAAAAGAGACCUGAUAUCCCGAGAGAUCAGCAAAUUCAGAGAUACACACAAGAAACUGGAGGAGGAAAAAGGAAAAAAAGAAAAAGAAAGGCAAGAAAUUGAAAAAGAACGGCGUGAGAGGGAACGUGAACGUGAACGUGAACGAGAGAGAAGGGAGCGUGAACGAGAAAGGGAACGUGAACGUGAACGAGAGAAGGAGAAGGAACGGGAGCGUGAACGAGAACGGGAUAGAGAUCGGGAUCGAACUAAAGACAGAGACCGGGACAGGGAAAGGGAUCGGGAGAGAGACCGUGAAAGGAGCUCGGACCGCAAUAAAGAUCGGAGCAGAUCUAGAGAGAAAAGCAGAGACCGAGAGAGGGAACGGGAAAGAGAACGUGAAAGGGAGCGGGAGAGAGAGAGAGAACGGGAAAGAGAAAGAGAACGGGAAAGGGAACGAGAAAAGGACAAGAAAAGGGAUAGAGAAGAGGAUGAAGAAGAUGCCUAUGAGCGACGCAAACUGGAAAGGAAGUUACGUGAAAAGGAAGCAGCUUAUCAAGAGCGUCUUAAAAAUUGGGAGAUCAGAGAACGGAAAAAAGCUAGAGAAUAUGAAAAAGAAGCAGAAAGGGAAGAAGAAAGACGAAGGGAAAUGGCAAAAGAAGCUAAACGUCUAAAAGAAUUUCUAGAAGAUUAUGAUGAUGACAGAGAUGACCCAAAAUAUUACAGGGGAAGUGCCCUGCAGAAGAGAUUGCGAGACCGGGAGAAGGAAAUGGAAGCAGAUGAAAGGGAUCGGCAGAGAGAGAAGGAAGAGUUGGAAGAAAUCCGGCAACGCCUUCUGGCAGAAGGGCACCCAGAUCCAGAUGCGGAGCUACAACGAAUGGAGCAAGAGGCUGAGAGGCGUAGACAGCCACAAACCAAACAGGAACCAGAAUCAGAAGAAGAAGAGGAAGAAAAGCAAGAAAAAGAAGAAAAAAGGGAAGAACCAGAAGAAGAAGAGCCGGAACAAAAACCCUGUCUUAAGCCAACACUCCGACCCAUCAGCUCUGCUCCAUCUGUUUCAUCAGCAAGUGGCAAUGCAACUCCUAAUACCCCAGGGGAUGAAUCACCUUGUGGCAUUAUCAUCCCACAUGAAAAUUCACCUGAUCAGCAGCAGCCAGAGGAGUACAGGCCGAAAAUAGGACUUAGUCUUAAACUGGGUGCCUGCAAUAGUCCAAACCAGCCCAAUGCUGUGAAAAGAAAGAAACUCACUGUGGACAGUGUGUUCAAUAAAUUUGAAGAUGAAGACAGUGAUGACAUGCCCCGAAAAAGAAAACUUGUGCCACUGGAUUAUGGUGAUGAAGACAAAGGCUCCUCCAAAGGCAGUGUAAAUACUGAAGAGAAACGUAAACACAUUAAGAGUCUUAUUGAGAAAAUCCCCACAGCCAAACCAGAGCUCUUUGCUUAUCCUCUUGACUGGUCUAUUGUGGAUUCAACAUUAAUGGAACGUAGAAUAAGGCCAUGGAUCAACAAGAAGAUAAUAGAAUAUAUUGGUGAAGAAGAAGCAACUCUAGUUGACUUUGUUUGCUCAAAGGUUAUGGCUCAUAGUUCGCCGCAGAGCAUCUUGGAUGAUGUUGCUAUGGUGCUAGAUGAAGAAGCCGAAGUUUUUAUAGUCAAAAUGUGGAGAUUAUUGAUAUAUGAAACAGAAGCCAAAAAGAUUGGUCUGGUAAAAUAAAGAAUCAUUUUGUUUUUAAGGGCUGCAUUUCAAUUUUUGUUUCCCACCACUGAAGAACUUUGAAGUUUCUCUGUCCUCAGACAUUUGUGAUACCUGUAUUUUUAAAUGUAGAAAAUGUGAAUUUUUUUCAUCUUCUGUAACACUGAGACCCCCUCCCUGCCCUCUUCACUUCCCAGCUUCCUUGGUUGUACUUAUCCAAAUCCUGCAUUUGGUGGUUUCUCACUAGGUACAGUUACAAAUAUGGUUUAUAAACUGCAGCUGAUGUACACAGUCUCUGAUCUUCAUCUUCUAAACUGUUUCUUGUAAAUAUUGUCCCAUGUUUUAGAAAACAUCUAUGCUUACCGCUUACCAAAAUAAUUGAAUUUUUAUGUAAAUACAUCAGCCUCUUCUUUCCCUUAUCCAUUUUUAAAGAUGGGAAUAAACUUUAAGAUUCUGAAAAUGGAUGGGAGUCAUUGCUGGCACCAUAGUUUUCACCUGCAUGAAUGUGGACUUGUUCUCUUGUUGGAUUUGGUAAAAAUAGAACAAACUUGCAUUAUUUGUAGAUGAAUCUGUAGGGGAAAUGAUGGUAUUGCAUCAACUCAGGCAUCCUUGUAAAGCCAUUGAUAAUUUCCUGCUCAUUACAUGAGGCCUUCUAGUCUUUAGAUGACAGAAUUUCACACAUUGGAGUGUUUAAAUCAAAGAUAACUAGUAUACACAUUAUUUGAGUUUUGCCCCUCAUUCUAAAACAGAUUUGACAUUUUAAACAUAUGUUAUCUUUUCUUGAUUUAAAAUAAAACUCAUCAGCCAGUUUAGGAUACUUGGGGAAAGAAAAGGUUUAAAGAUGUAACGAGCACAACAGUUUACAAAGUUAAAUCAUAUGUUUUCAAACAGUGGCGAGAUUUGUUUUUAUGUAAGCCAUCAAGUCAGCUGUAACGAUUCUUUUUGUACUGUAAGCUGUCUCUGUUGGAUUGAUAGAGGGUAAUAUUUCCUUCCCUCUUACUCUGUAUGAGUUUUAUACAUACGCUGAUGUAACAAUGUACUGUAAACUGCAUUUUUUAUCUCAUACACAAGUACAACUGUAUGCUAUGGGCCUUCUUGAUUGCAGGAUGAACACGUUCCAGGAAGCAACAAUUGAUCAGUUUUUUUAAUGCCACUCUUCUGAAUAUCUCUUUACCUGAAGGAUACAGGCUCAUCUGUUUAGAAGGCAUA